UCGUGGCUUGAUAAAAACUCUUCGCAAGUUAGAAAUUCGCAAUUGCAAAACGUCAAUUGAAUCACGAUUGAUCAGAUAUACUACAAUUUUGAACCUUCGAACCACAAUAUCGCUAAAGGAUUUCUUCCCACGAUGCUGCUGCAUAACUACAAUCUCAUUCCGUAAGUUUAAUUAAGAGCGCAUCAAGUUCUCGAUGUCUAAUCUACUUUAUCUAUUUGAUACAACAAGAUUGUGUGGUUAAUAAUAAUACGAAUAAAGUGAUCCAAGCGUUUCUUCGAAGAGACAACUGUAUCUCUCUGUCGUCGCGGUCAUCAACCCCAAAUCCCAACGUCGUGUAUCGCGUCAGCUUCACUCACGAGAAGCGUGCGAUCUGUUUCCAUCUUGGAAAGAGGAAAACGGGAUGCGAGCGGGAUCUAACAAUCGCCUCCGCGAUUAAUUCGAGCGAAGUCACGCAUGAUGAUCCGCGUAUUUGCGCGUGGCUCAAGGGUCGGCGGGUCUUAUCCCACCCCCGUUUGCGAGGGGGUGCCUCGCGGAUACACGGCGCGGGAGGCACGCGCGAGAUGACGAUAACGUCUCUCUCUUUCGCGGAGAGCAUCGAUCGAAUCCUGCGCAUUCGGGGGAGGCUGGCCAUAUUACCCCCGCGGAUCUCCCCGAUCCCUUGAAACGCCGCCGUGGUCCCCGCUGCUGGUCGAUGCCGCGGAUCGACGGGUUCGCCUCCGCGAUUCUGGCUUCGCAGGCCGCGGUGUAGAUCGUACGGGAAUCGUCGUCAUCAUGCGGCUCCACAAUCCGGGUAGUUAGGUAGUCUCGCGUCUCCCCCGUCGUCGUCGUCGUCGUCGUCUCUCGACCUCUUCUCCGCCUUAUUAUUUUCUUUCUUUCUUUCCUUCUUGCGUCUUCAUGAAGCCUCGCUUUCGACCGGGGCCGUUUUUAGUUUAGUCUCUCAUUUCCGCGCUGCGCGAGGCUCGAAUCGUCGGGGAGUCGAGGAGCCGGGAUCUCCCAGGAGGAACAUCCGAGGCGGGCACCAGAUUCUCCAUUUGAAGCAACAGAUAGGGAGAAAUGGCGAAUUUCCGGGGAUUUUAUAUACCCACCUUCGGCGCAACGGUCAACGUCGCCUGGGAGACGUUGAAGGCCAUGUGGCCGGAGAACAGUCCGUGCAUGGAGCUGAUCCGCAGCGGCGGCGGCGUCGGCGGUGGCGGUAUGGGCCAGGGCCAUCCCCAAGGCCAGCCCGGCCAUGCCCAGUUCAAGUCCUUCGACGAGGGUCACGACAAUACCGAGAUGAUGACCAUGAACGGGGAUCGGGCGUAUCGAGAUCAGAACAAUGUCGGGAUCGCCGAGGACUCCUUCAGCUACCAGAGGAGCGGGGACAAAGUUCGAACCGGGAGCGUAAGCAGCGGUGAGUUCAGCGAGUACGACGAGGGUGGCGGAGAGUUCGGCGGGCCAGGUGUCAAGAUCAACGAGUGGCAAGCCGCUUGGAACGUUACAAAUGCCAUUCAGGGAAUGUUUAUCGUCUCUCUGCCGUUCGCCGUUCUACGUGGCGGUUACUGGGCGAUCGCCGCGAUGGUCGGGAUCGCGCAUAUCUGCUGCUACACCGGCAAGAUCCUGGUCGAGUGCCUGUACGAGCUGGACACGGUGACGGGGCAACGUGUGCGGGUACGUGAUUCGUACGUGGCCAUCGCCAAGGUGUGCUUCGGGCCAACGUGGGGCGCCCGCGCCGUCAACAUCGCGCAGAUCAUCGAGCUGCUGAUGACCUGCAUUCUGUACGUGGUCGUAUGCGGCGACCUGAUGAUCGGCACCUUUCCCGAGGGCGCGAUCGACACCCGCAGCUGGAUGAUGCUGAUCGGCAUAUUUCUGCUGCCGCUCGGCUUCCUCAAGUCCCUGCAGCACGUAUCCGUGUUGAGCUUCUGGUGCACAAUGUCUCACCUCUUCAUCAAUGCGAUCAUCAUCGGUUACUGUCUCCUGGAGAUUGGUGACUGGGGCUGGUCGAAGGUGAAGUGGACGAUCGACAUAAAGAACUUCCCGAUCUCGCUCGGCGUCAUUGUCUUCAGCUAUACGUCGCAGAUCUUCCUGCCGACCCUCGAGGGCAAUCUCAUCGAUCGCUCCAAGUUCGACUGGAUGUUGAACUGGAGCCACAUUGCCGCGGCCGCGUUCAAGUCGCUCUUCGGCUGGAUCUGCUUCCUGACCUUUCAGAACGACACGCAGCAGGUGAUCACGAACAACCUGCACUCGGCCGGCUUCAAGGGCCUGGUGAACCUGUGCCUGGUCGUCAAAGCGGUGCUCUCGUACCCGCUGCCGUAUUACGCGGCCUGCGAGCUUCUCGAGCGCGCCUUCUUCCGCGGCCGGCCGAAGACGCUUUUCCCGACUAUCUGGACGGUGGAUCGCGAGCUCAAGGUCUGGGGCCUGGCCUGGCGGGUCGGCGUGAUCGUGUUUACCAUCCUGAUGGCAAUCUUCAUACCGCACUUCAGCAUCCUGAUGGGCUUCAUCGGCUCCUUUACCGGCACCAUGCUCUCCUUCAUCUGGCCCUGCUACUUCCAUCUGAAACUGAAGAGGAACUCGAUGGAGUGGAGCGCCGUAGCGUACGAUUGCUUCGUCAUCUUCCUCGGUAUUCUUUUCGGCGUGAUCGGCGUCUACGAUUCCGGCUCCGCGCUGAUCGAUGCCUUCGAGAUCGGCCUGCCCUUCUGAGCGAUCUCGCGCCAGCUAGGUCCUUUUGUUGUUCUUGUCUCGCACCAAAAUAUGAUAUUGCCGAAACGUUCUCGAGCCGCCGAAAUAUUUGACUCUCGAAUUUCAACACGUUGCUCGGUACUCGUGCAAUAAUUGCUGAUGCAUGCGGGAGACUACAUAAAAUUCAAAACAGAAGAACGGAUAAUUGAGAAUUUUGUGCUUUGGAAAAAAUUUGAAAUUUUUCUGAAUAACAUUCUGAUUAAUAAUCAACGAAGCUUGUUUUUUUUACAAAGUGUACUAGUACCAAAUUUAAAAAAAAAAUAUGUAUAUCAUUGCGAAGUCCUUUUUAACUAUAAACGCAAUUCUAAAAAUUUCAUAAAAUUAUAAGAAAUGUCUCUGAUUUUGAAACAUGUCAGUCGAGGAUCAAAUAUUUCACGUGCUCGAGGGUGAUUAAUUAGUAUGAGAAUUUUGCAUCGCGUGUAACUCUAUACCUAUUUCCUAUCACGCAUCAUUUUAACGUCUUUAUUAUUUUUACGAAAUGGCGCAGUUAUAUUUCUUAAAAACGAUCUUUAAUUGAUCAAGCCAUUAAAGUGUAAAAGCGUCUCCCCAUUCGUGUAAAAAUCUAUCGCACGAUCUGUGCUUUCGUAAUGGCACGUUUUAGUUUUUCACGUCGCAGAUUCACAUUUAACACACCAAUUUUCCCAGUUAUGAUAGCUUCGAGCGAGCUGACGUUUAGAGACGUGAAAAAUCAAAAUUAGACGAGAACGUAAUAUUUUCUAAACCCAACUGUAGCGUUCUCUUUUUUCAGAAGGAAGAUUAUUGGCUCCUUAGAGCCGUUAAAAAUUCCGUUGUACGUUUCACGUUUCGGCCGGGAUCGCGACGUUUCUAUAAAGCGAGGAAUUUAUCCAGUCGUCAAGUCUUCCAAUGCCCGAUUUAUGCAUUUGCAUUUCGGGAGCCUUUAGAUAAAAUGAGAGAUCAAACGCGCAUUGAACGUGUGACAAUAAAGCACGAUAAGUAACGAUGUCUUCCACGAUGCAGCAGCAAGCAGAGCGCAGCCUAACUAGUAGUUGACUACUGUUACAGUUUUCUGGAUUUUAUAAUUGUAUCGCUGCGGAGUUACAUACCCGUGUAAUAAUUUUUAUGCGACGCGUCGAAUUGUGAAUCGCGACGACGGGACGGACGAGCACGACUUUGUCAUGCUACGUUAGCGACAGCCUUUUAGCCGAUGAUGAAUCUGCCAAAUAACUUUUUGGAAUAAAGUAGUCCGCCGUGCGCCGUCCCGUCGCCGGAACAAACGAGACGCAAGACGAUGCGUGAACAGUUAUGUACAACCGAGUACAAUUAGUUAUAUAAUCCAACGUCUUCCAAGAUCGUAUAGAUCGUUAGUUUAAGGAGUAUAGACAAUGUAGUCGUUCCGUGAAACUGCAGAAUGCCGCGAUGGCUCGAGAAGUAUUUUAUAUACGGGAUACGUCUUGUAAAAAUUUAUUCUGUACGGACAAUUAGCAACGUGCUACAUUUUUUUUUCAAGAUCCAGAAAUGAGUUUAUAAAAUUUUGGACUCUUGACAUUUAUGGAUCCUCAAGAUAACUAAUGUUUAAUGGCGUGGAUGCUUGAUUUGAUAGAUUUUUAGAUUCACAGAUUAUAGACUCUUUGAAUAAUUGAAUUGGUUUUUGAUAAGCUUUUGGAUAUGUAAAUCUUUUAAAAAUACUCUUUCUAAAAAUCCUUGAGAUCUUGCUUUUUUUUCUUUCCUCAAAGCCACACGAGCGUUCUGCAGACACGGGAAAUUCGCAGGCUAACUAAAACGCGUUAAUAAUCGUGAAACGAGUCUUCCAAUAAUGUCUUCCAGAACGAUAAUAUUGAUAAAAAUAAUAACAAUAUCGCUAUAUGAUAAUGAUGUAUUACUAUUUAUUGAGCAAAGAAUCUUUGUCGAAUGAUAUUAAGCGUUAUAUUGAGAAUUGUAGACGUUAAGAGUUAACUCAUAAGUUACGGUCAUAUGCAUAAUUGAUGUUUCAUAUCAAUGAAUAUAUCAAUGACACAUAAUGUAAGUAAAGUCACGCUGUUCACGAAAUCAAUUUAGAUCGUUAACGAGGGAUCAUCCUACUCCAUUGUAUCAACAAUAAUGAUCAAAAGUGGUUGAAUGAGAAUUGCGUUGGUAUCUUCUCUUCGUGAUUAUCGAACGACGAUAGAUCGGUAAUGUUUGUCGUGUAAAAUUUAAUUUUGCUUUUUGAUAUAUCGUGCGAAACGAGAGAGAGAGAGAGCCUCCCAAUAAUGUCUUCCAGAAUCUCUCUUAUCGGCCUGAGAAAAAUAGAAUGCUGCAACAUAAAAUCCGUUGUAAAAUCCAGAUAAAUAGUUGUUCCAACUAGAUAAUGCUAAUCACGAUGAGAUACUUCGAGAUGAUGUUCUGACGCGGACGAAACCAAGCACGUAUAGGCUUCCAAAGCUCUUUUGCAGAAAUAUUCAUAUAUUUCGCGGCGUUUUCGCGAAGAGCAAACCUCAUCGGUGUGUUGUGUAGGCAGAAUAUACCUAUAAACGUUAUAAAAUGAUGUAAAGCGGCCUCCGUAUUAUGAAAAAAAAAAUAUGAAAAUACAUUAUCCGUAUGAGUACGAGGAGUGAUAAUAUAUUAACAAAAUUUUACGGGCAUAUUUUACUUCACCCGGUAUAAUAUAAUACACAUAUUGUUUCUUUACAGAAUCACACCUGCAAGAAUUUGUUUUCAACACAGACUUAAAUUUUGUUUUGAAUUGCUCUUGCUUACUUAGAUGCAUAUAUUUGUAGCAGGAAAAGUGAAGGAUAAAUUGAGUGGAUAUUUCAUUAGUCAACACAUAUAUAUAUGUAAUUAGAUUUAUUAACAAUGCUUUAUUACUAUUUUUCACAAUAGAAUAAUCUCAGAAAUGCUAUGACUGAAAGCUAUGACUGAAAGUAACAGAAUUACGGAGGCUUGAAAUUCCAAACAUUAUGGAUAUGGCAACGUCAUUUUUCCUAACAAGGAAAAUAAAAAGUUUAUAUAUUAGACAACAGAGUUAGGUUCAAAAGAAGUGCUCUUGAGAAAAUCUAAAAUUCUCACUUAUGCAUUAUCGUCGUUUCCGACGAGCCUAAUUACUAUCUCUAAUAUGAUAUAUGAAGUAUAAAAAAUUAAUAAUCGAA